CUUUUUGUAACUGGCCUUCCUUCAUGCACGCUCUCCUACAAGAGAGAUCACUAGGCGAUCGUGCUCUCACUGGCAUGACCGCUAACAAGGUCAUCAGCGUGGAAGUUUCAGUGGUCCCCGAAGACCCAAAACGGCCCGUAAAGUCGGCAGAGCGGCGCGGGAUAACUCGCUCGGCGUCGCUCGAGCCUUUGUGGAGCUGGCCCUGUGGUUGGACUUUGCACAUGCUCGCGACCAUCCAGAUGCCUGACUGAGAAUUGCGAGAGGUGAUAACCAACUGUUCAGGUGUAUAGCGGCCCGACUCAAUGGGAAGAACUGGAGGAGCACUUGGCUUUCGCUCCGCGGUUAAUAUCUGUCCGUCGGACAGUCGUGGAUGACAGGGUGUCUGCCCUCUGUUUUCGUCAGCAUGAUGAGUCCUACGCAUCUUAUACUGGUCUGGGCUCUGAUAUCGUGCGCGACGGCGUCUGCUCCCUCGGGUCCUUGGGAUGACUUCAACUACGCACCCGCCUCACGCACCGUGUAUCCAGCGGGCAUUCACGGCACCAAUGGCGACGUAGAGAACACGGAUGGCCUUCUCUCCGCGGAUGCCGGCUCAGCCACUUUGAGCGGGACAGAUGCCUGGGUCACAAUUGACUUUGGGAAGGAGGUCGGUGGUGUCGUAUCCCUCGUCGUCGACUCUGUAUCUGGCGACGACGCGUCCCUCGCAUUGGCGUUCGCCGAAUCCCCCUCGCUCAUCAGCCCUACUCUCUCGGACGACUCCGUGUACCCCGUGGCAGACAUGACAAGUGACGGCGCGCAACCCAUCACCGGGCCGCUCAGCAAGGGACUGUGGACGCAGCCCAUUUCCUGGCAGCGCGGCGGCUUUCGCUACCUGACCGUCUCGCUCACGGCUGGCGAUAGUGUCUCGCUCUCUAACGUCUCGGUCGCGCUAACGUUCAGCCCAAAUACUGACAACUUGCGCGACUACAAGGGCUAUUUCUACACGAGGGACACCGCCGGACAGGAUCAGGACCUGCUUACGAAGGUCUGGUAUGCGGGGGCGUAUACGAUCCAGACGAACAUCAUUGCGGCAGACCAGGGCAGAGGAAAAGUUGCCAGUGGCGCUUCAGGAUGGAACAACAGCGGCCAGAUUGCCAAGGUCGGACCUGUGAUUGUGGACGCUGCGAGGCGCGACCGAACUGUAUGGCCAGGCGACAUGGGCAUCGCGGGGCCUGCUGCGUUCGUAGCUCUCAAUGAGCUCGAAUCUAUCCGCAAUAGCCUUGACGAAAUGUUUUCGUUGCAAGACACGACGACUGGUGGUCUUCCGUAUUGUGGCCCUCUCAUCAGUAUAGGCCCGGGAGAGAGCGAUACCUAUCAUGCUUGGUCGCUUGUUGGGGUCUACAAUUACUGGAUGCACUCCGGUAAUAACGACUGGCUCAAGGCGAAGUGGGAUCAAUACGUGCUGGGCGUGUCCUAUCUGGCUUCCAAAGUCGACUCCGACGUCGGCUUGCUCAACGCGACGGGUCCCACAGACUGGGGCCGUCUCGGUGGCGGAGGCUUCAGCAUCUCGCCGAACGUGCUAUACUAUAAAGUUCUCGUUGAUGGUGCGGCCAUCGCGACGGCUCUCGGCGAGAGUGAGACGGCUAGGCAGUGGCUUGCAGAUGGCGAGUCUUUAAAGGACACCAUUAACGCCGUGCUUUGGGAUAACGACAAGGGCCUCUAUAUCGACAAUACGACAACCACGCUGCAUCCUCAGGACGGGAACUCGCUCGCAGUAUGGUUCAACGUGACUGCGUCAGACGAGCAGAAGGCGCGGAUUAGUGUUGGUCUGGAGGAGAAUUGGGUCGAUGUGGGCGCGGUGGCGCCGGAGCUUCCGGACAACGUUGCGCCGUUCGUUGGGGGUAUGGAGCUGCACGCCCACUUCGAGGCUGGCGCGGCGGAGCGCGCUCUUGAGUUCGUUCGCCUCCAAUGGGGUUGGAUGUUGACGACGAACGUGAGCGCGCAGUCCACGCUCCUGGAAGGGUAUACCUCCAACGGAUCACUACUGUAUCGCGCCGAUGCUGGAUAUGCCAACGACCCAUCGUACACGUCGCAUUCUCAUGGCUGGAGCACGGGCCCGACGCCGGCUCUAACGGCCUACGUACUCGGUCUCAUGGUAACGGAGCCAGCUGGGCAGACGUUCCGGAUACAGCCGCAGACGGCUGGACUACCUGCCGCUGAGGGAGGAUUUGAGACUCCGCUCGGAUGGUUCGGCGUAAGCUGGUCGAACGAUUCAGCCAACGGGCGCUUCGAGCUGAAUGUGACGGCACCUGAAGGAACUCAGGGUGUCGUCAUACCGCCAGUUGCAGGCGAUGUGACAGUCGAUGGCAAUGAAGUCGGACAAGAGGGUGAGAUCACCGUACAAGGUGGUAUGCAUUCCAUUGUUGUACAAGGCCAGUAGAGAAGAUCGUUUGUAUCGGUUGUACACAGUAAUGAAGUUAUCAAAUCGUCCUUAUUGUCGCC